AAUAACACGAGCCACCGAAAAGUCUCUCCGGUGCUUGACGCGCAUGGAUCCUCUUCUCAAUAUUACCAUCGCUAGAUCGUUCACCUGCCACCAACGACCCGCAAUUUACCGUUAAUUUUCAUCGGUUAAGGUUUGUUGACUUGCGCUAUCGAUCGUCAUUACUCCACUGUAAUAUUCGCGAAGACGGAAAAAGUGAAUGAUGAGGCAGUGUCAUUUGUGCGUUACUGGGGUCUUUCUGCUCGGACUGACAGUGUCAGCACUGGGAGACGAUGCCCUCGACGGAAAUACAGUCACCGGACGGAACGGAAGCAUCGGACUCAUCACGAAUUUUAUUGAUUCUCUGCUCGGCCACAGCGAUUCUCAAGGCCGAACAUUCGGUAUGAAAAGAAUACAGUUCAUGCUCAUGCCAAUGAUGUAUAAAAUGGGAGUUAUGAUGACCCUCUUGAUUGUUCUCACUGUCAUGUCGAUGAAGGGCCUGAUGAUCGGCAUUAUGCUACUGGUUUUAAAGUUGAGUGCGUUCUUCGGUAAAUUUUACGCAUCACUAUCAUCACAGCAACACGCGGCGUGGUCACCAGCGGCCCAACCAGUUCAUCUCCACGUACACGGGGGAGGUCAUCAUCAACCUCACUACACCCCGCACUACGACCCAGGCCAGUGGGAGCCGGCCAAUAAUCCAAGUGGAGAAGACCACUAUUAUUACAAAGGAUAAUAGUUCGUUCGAAUUUUUCUCAAUUAGACAAAUUUUCCUCACCUAGAUUGCCAUUUGAGAUUGCCAGCAAUGAGAGAGAAUGGCAGUGAUAAUGGCCAUAAUUUCCGUCUGCGCAAGUAGGUUUUUUUUAAUAUGUGUCCUGGAGGGAGACCGUAUGGACAUAUUGUUGUGUAGAUUAGUAUUAGAAAACCAAACAGAAAAAACCAAAACUCAUGUAAAAUAUCUGUACGAUAAAUAUUAUAUAUUUCUUUACGUUUACUCAUCAUUCUGUAUCUUCCUAAUUAUUUGAUAAGUUGUUUUUAUCAAUCCUCACAUCCAC